CAGAUACUUCUCUUCUAUCCAGGAAUAACUAUGUAAUUAUAUUGUGUUUAUCAUACGGGAUGUGAUUUACUCGCCACUUGGCGAUCAAGUGGCAGGCAUUUGCGAUGAUUGAUCGAGACACGAUGAUCCACUUGGUGGCUGGCGGCUCGGGAGGUACGAUGGGAGCCAUCGUCACGUGCCCGCUCGAGGUGGUCAAGACCCGUUUACAAUCCAGCGUGGCGACUUUCAACAACGGCGGCGGAGGCGGAAGCGUUCAUAUCCCGGUGGAGGCGUCCAUCAACGGCACAGGGUGGACUACUUGUCGUUCGGUCCACGGCUCCAAGCAGCAACUCCGAACUGUUUGUGCGAGGAACGUAGUACGGCGGGCGCCUGAGAUCGUUGUGCCGCAUUCCUUGGUGCAUGGGACGUCACCGGCCCCGACGGGUUCGAUAGGGUUGAUCAAAUGCCUGAAGUAUAUCGUGGAACGGGAAGGGCCGAGUGCGUUGUUCAAAGGUUUGGCUCCAAACCUGAUCGGUGUUGCGCCGACGAGAGCGAUUUACUUUUGUACGUACAAUAGUGCCAAGGAGUGGUUUAAUGGAAGCCAUCGACUCGUUACUGAAUCUCCCAUCGUCCACAUCUUGGCUGCCCUUUGUGCAGUAGUGACUAGUGAGUUUAUCUUGCCUCACACACACACACUGGUGGCGUCGGAUCCAGAACACUACGGGGUUGUUUGGCGCCACGAAGUCGCCUGGCCGACGAGAGACGACGACUACCGUCGCAUAAUAAAGUUGGAAGCCCUGCUUUUCGACUGA